GCACAAGCGAACAUUCAACAGAAGCCAUUUCUAGGCUAGCUCAGAAACAUGGAGCCUAGUGCAGAGGAGAAGAGAAGUGGUAGCAGAGAAGAGGAGAGGCAGCAGCAGCGAGGAAUGACAGGCCACUGGAAAGGGGACGAGGUGAAAGCUCUUCUGGUGGCGUGGAGAGAGAGGGAGGCCUGGGACGAGCCAGAGAGCAAGGCCAAGUACGAGGCCAUCUCAAGCCGGCUGAGAGAUUUUGGCAUUCUGAGGGACUGGCUCAGCUGCCAGACACAAAGCAGAGCGAUGGCUCUACCAGACUGGAGGCCUCCACCUCCCCGAUCACAGCCCGUCUACAGCCCAACGGCCCAGGCACCGGCCGACAGCAGGACGACACAGAGGCCUUAUGAAGUGGCAGAAGAACACAGCAGCCCUGCCCACAGGAGAGAAGGGGCCACUUCCCUGAGCACUUUUCAGGAGGGCAUAGAGGGAGGGAGGCACUGGUCUGACAAAGAGAUCCGGGCUCUCCUCACCGUCUGGGCCGACCGUGAUGUCCAGGGGCGUCUACAGACCACCCAUCGAAACAAGGCCAUCUUUCAAGAAAUGGCUCGCCGCCUGGAGGUACAGCACGGUGUGGUGCGAGACUGGAGGCAAUGCCGCACCAAAUACAAGAACCUCAAAUACGACUACAAGGUCAGCAAGAGCCAAGGUCGCUCCAUGCGCUUCUUUGCGGAAGUGGACGCCAUACUGCAGGGCAAGAUCACGGACGACGGCCCAGACGACGACGAAGAUUCGCCCAGGAAAGGACCAGAGGCAGAGCAAGCAUCUGGAAGGAGUGAACCUGGAGAAGACCACUACAUUAAGAUUGACGAUGAUGAAAGUCUGGCAGAUAUGCAAACAAUAAUCAACACAGGUUCUCAUCCACUCAUCCCAAAAGAUACAGUUUCUACACAGGGUCCUACCAUAUCGCCAAUGAGUAGAAUGCCAUCAGAUGAUGCCAACGUGAUCACAGUUCACGACUCUGGCCGGAACUGGACCGAGGAAGAGGUGGCAGCAUUGCUCAACAUCUGGGCGGAGGAGGGGAUCCAGCAGCAGCUGCAGGUUUCAACCCGAAACAAAGAUGUGUUUGUGCAAAUAUCUCGCCGGCUGCUUCAGCAGGGGGUGGAAAGAGACUGGAAGCAGUGUCGCACCAAAUACAAAAACCUGAAAUAUCUUUACCGUUCUCUACAGAGAGGCAAAGCUGACAUCGGGGACACUCGCCGCAUCAUGAAGUUUUACGAACAGCUAGACAGCAUUCUGUCCAGGCCCAUCAGAGGCCUCUACAGGACUGCAGGGAUGUUCAGCCCUCCCAUGUUUGAAGAGCAUUCCUUUGGUGAAACACCUGCACAGGAGGACUGUGACGUCAUUGCUGUUGGAUAUGAUCAGCAGGCCAUAGAUGAUGCCAUUUUGAGAGGGUCUCCUGGCAUCACCACCCGGGCGGCCCAAAAUCGGGCCAAAACAGAUACCAAUUUGAGAAGGUUAGAGGAGGACACUGAUGCGGAAUAUGAGACAGGAGCUCCGGUGGAUGGCAUGUUGGUGAGGUCAAAUGACAUCGCACAGGCAAGAUAUGGAGAGCAGCCUUUGUGUAGUCACUCGGUCACAGCUGGAACAUACGACAGACGUCAGGAAUACAAAGUAAACAAAGAUGACACAGAGACGACGUUCAUGGAGAAGGAGCAUGCAGCGUCAAGCAGACGAAGAAAGAGGAAGGCCACAGAUGAAGAUUACAGUCUGGCCUUUAAAAGGUUUCAUCAGAGCUUGGAUGAUGGAGACAGCAGCACAGAUUGGUCUGAGAACAUUGACUAUCAGUGCAAAGAAGAGCAGGAUCCAUACAUCCCAAUAAUGGAAAUCACCUCUGUGUGUUCAAUGGCCUCCAACACACCAGCAUCUGAAAACCUGGACAUAAGAGUUUCAUCCGAAAUGGCGUCGACUGCAGAUCUGAAACUGGGCAAGAAACUGAACGAGGGCAAGACUAAGCAGAUCUUUGAGCUCCUGGAUGAGCCUGGUAAUGUUUUGGUCCAGUCCAAAGACCAGAUCACUGCUGGCAACGCGGUGCGGAAGGACCAGAUGGAGGGCAAGGCCGCAAUUGCGAAUAAGACCACCAGCUGUGUGUUCAAGCUCCUGCAGGAUGCUGGCAUUAAGACUGCAUUUGUAAGGCAACAUUCAGAGACGGCGUUCGUAGCAAGCCAUUGUGAGAUGAUCCCCAUUGAGUGGGUCUGCAGGCGCAUUGCCACAGGAUCCUUCCUCAAAAGGAACCCAGGGGUCAAAGAAGGCUACCGCUUCUCACCAUUGAAGCUGGAGAUGUUCUUUAAGGAUGAUGCUAAUAAUGACCCGCAGUGGUCUGAGGAGCAGCUGCUGGCAGCUGGCUUUGAGCUGGCGGGAAUGUCCAUUGGUCGCUGCGAGGUGGACAUUAUGAGCAAGAGCACAGUAGCCAUCUUCGAGAUUCUGGAGAAGGCCUGGGCCACUCAGAACUGCACUUUGGUGGAUAUGAAGAUUGAGUUUGGUGUAAACGUGAGUACCAAGGAGGUUGUUCUGGCUGAUGUGAUUGACAACGACUCAUGGAGGCUGUGGCCAUCUGGAGAUCGCAGCCAGCAGAAAGACAAACAGGUUUACAGAGACCUGAAAGAGGUCACACCUGAGGCCAUGCAGAUGGUAAAGAGGAACUUUGAGUGGGUUUCUGAGCGAGUGAAGCUGCUUCUGGAGACCCAGACGAGUGGAAGAGUUGUAGUGCUUAUGGGCUCAACUUCUGACAUGGCUCACUGUGAGAGGAUCCGCAAAGCCUGCAGCUCAUAUGGAAUCCCUUGUCAUCUUAGAGUGACCUCUGCACACAAAGGGCCUGAUGAGACGCUGCGCAUCAAAGCUGAAUAUGAGGGCGAUGGAGUCCCCACCAUUUUUGUAGCAGUUGCAGGGAGGAGUAAUGGUUUGGGUCCAGUGAUGUCAGGAAACACUGCUUAUCCUGUUAUUAACUGUCCACCAGUUACCUCUGAUUGGGGUGCUCAGGAUAUCUGGUCAUCUCUUCGCAUGCCCAGUGGUCUGGGGUGCUCCACGGUUCUUUCUCCAGAUGCUGCUGCCCAACAUGCUGCUCAAAUCCUGGGUCUGACUGACCACCUGAUCUGGGCCAAACUGCGUGCCUCCAUGCUCAACACCUGGGUCUCCCUAAAGCAAGCGGACAAGAAGCUACAGCAAUGCAGCCUCUAACCAAACUGUACUUGAGUUUACUCUCAGCCAUUCCAGAUGUUUAACUAUUCCAUCACUCCUCUGUACUCACAGCUAUCAUUUUUACUGUUGAUGGAAGCUUGUGAACUAAUUUAGUGCCUUUGUUUGCAGGAACAAUUUCUCAUCCAUAAAUGCCAAGAAUAAAUAGAUUCAUAGAAAACA